AUUCGGGAGUGGUCGACAAUUUCCGUCAUAUUCCGUUAACAGGUGCACGAGAUCUCGCGAUAUUCUUUCUCUUCCGCUUUAAACAAGCAAAAAUGGCUCCUCGUAAAGGAAAGUCAUCCGCUCCUCAGGAGCAGGUUAUCUUGGGACCUCAAGUUGGUGAAGGUGAAGAUGUAUUUGGAAUAGCACAUAUAUAUGCUAGUUUCAAUGAUACAUUUGUACAUGUUACAGAUAUCUCUGGAAAGGAAACUAUUUGUUGUAUUACUGGAGGUAUGAAAGUAAAAGCUGACCGAGAUGAAGCAUCACCUUACGCUGCUAUGUUGGCUGCUCAAGAAGUAGCUGAAAAGUGUAAAAAUUUAAGAAUAAGUGCUCUUCACAUCAGAUUGAGAGCCACAGGAGGCAACAAAACUAAAACUCCUGGUCCAGGAGCACAGUCAGCUCUCAGAGCUUUAGCUCGAUCUGGAAUGAAAAUUGGCCGUAUUGAGGAUGUAACCCCCAUUCCUUCAGAUUGUAACAGACGAAAGGGUGGACGUCGUGGUAGAAGAUUGUAAAAUACUUAUCAAAUACGGACAGUCAAAUUAAAAGGAAAAAAAAUCCAACAUUCUUGUUUUUUCUUAAUGACAUCAAAGUACUAUAUGUGGAUACAUAAUAUUACAGAAAUAAUCUGAUGCAUUUUGAUCAUGAAAUGACAAAUCCUCACUGAGACUGCAAAAUCGGGCAUGGUUAGUUUUUGUAUGCCUACUAAAUUAAAAAGAAAACAAUAAUGAA